AUGGCAGCAGUACAAUCGCUUCUCAAACCAGUCUUUGCCCUCGUUGGCUGGACUUUUGCGAUGGAAGGCUGGAUGUAUGCCACCCGCCUGCCAGCCAUGACACAGUACAAAGUCAAGGUCGACUCCAACUUUUCCAAGGAGAAAUUGAACAACCAGAUCCCGCCUCAUGUGAGAUGGAAGGGUAAGUACUUUGGUCCAGAGCGGUACGCGAAAAAGGAUGCUAACCGCAAUGUCAUAGCUGACAAUUACGAUCAUCUCCACGAAGCACCCACCCGCUUCUAUGCCGUGGCAUUGGGACUUGCGCUGUAUGCUAGCACUUCGCCCGCUGCGCUGUCUACAGGCUUCAUGGCUACAGAGGCCAACUUGGCUUGGGGUUAUGUGGCACUGAGAGUGGUUCAUAGUAUCGUGCAGGCGAGCGCCAACCCCGUCAUGGUGAGAUUCGGAGUGUUUGCUGCUAGUGAGGUUACCAUGUUGGGAUUGUUACUCAAGGGCUUCAGUGCUGUGUAUGCAGCCAAGGGUGUUGGCAGUUUGAUUUGA